AUGGCGUAGUUCAGUGAUACCAACUUUUCUAUUUUAAAUCAUCCAGUGCAUCCUGUGAAUAACCCAACUUUUUAUGUAACAACCUAACACAUUUCAGUUUUAUUGCAAUUAUUGAAUUUUUGGAUUAUAUAGAAAAUAUUAUUCAGUAUUUUAAUUAUUGAAAUAAAAUAGAACAAAAAUAUAUUUGAUUAUUAACAAUAUUUUGGUUAAAUAUAGAAAUCGUUACGUAUAUGCGAGUACUUGAAUAUAUGCAAGUAUAUACAUAUUUUGGUUAAGCAUACACAAAAGUUUUUAGUGUAUGUGCAUCGUUAUAAACAUAACAAAAGAUGUCUGAUAUACAGGAAGUGAAAAGUGUUAAAAAGAAAAAAAGUGGAAUUAUUUAUUUAUCAUCUAUUCCUAAAUAUAUGAACAUUAUUACGGUUAGAGAAAUGUUUUCUACAUAUGGAAAAGUUGGUAGAGUAUAUUUACAACUUGCUGAAAAUCCAGGGAGUGAUAAGAAAAAAAAACCGAUAAAACAUUUUACAGAAGGAUGGGUGGAAUUCGAAAGUAAAAGAGUAGCCAAAUAUGUAGCUGCGACAUUAAAUAACAAACAAAUUUCAAUGCGUAAGAAAAGUAAAUUCUUUGAUGUCAUAUGGAAUAUCAAGUAUUUACCACGAUUUAAAUGGAUUCAUUUAAGUGAACGUUUAGCAUAUGAACGAGCAGUUCACAAGCAAAGACUUCAAACAGAAAUUGCACAAGCAAAGAGAGAAACUAAUUACAUUUCUAAUAAUAUCGAUAGAAGUAAGAAGUUAAGUAAAAAGAAAGUUGAAGGAAACACAACAAAUUUUGUUUUACCUAAGAUCAAACAAAAGGAUACAGAUGCGGAAAUUAGAAAUAUGAAAGGAGAAACCGAGCCCCAAAAUAGAGACGAAAUUUUUAAAUCCUUAUUUAGUUAAUGUUUCUAAAAGACUACAAUAAAUAUUUAAUGUUCGAAUAUUUUAUUUUAUUAUAUAAAACUAGUAAUAAACUCGUAUAUUAUAAAUAUUGAUAUUUUGUACAAAAUCAAAUGGUCUUAUGAUAAGAUCAAAUAGUACAAAUAAACGAUUUAAUUAUUUA